AUGGCGUCGCCAGCAGCUCCGGCGUACGACGACGAGACGGCGGCGAUGUCGAACCUUCUCCCUCUCGCGUCCGCCGCUCAGCAGCCAUAUGAACCGGAAUUAUUGAGAGUUGAUGCUGAGAGAAUACAGCGGCAGAUGCAAGAGGUGGCGGUGGUCAAUUACCGUGCUUUCAUUGCGGCGGCGGAUGCGAUAGCUGAAAUUCCUAAACUAACAUCUGGUUGCACUGAAUUUGUUGAUUCUGCGGAACAUAUUUUGGAGAAGAGGAAGAUGAACCAAACAUUACUGGGAAAUCAUAGUACUUUGCUUGAUUUGCUUGAAAUUCCUCAACUCAUGGACACAUGUGUAAGAAAUGGAAAUUAUGAUGAAGCUCUUGAUUUAGAGGCAUUUGUAGCGAAACUUACUACGAUGCACCCAAAAAUUCCAGUUAUUCAAGCUCUAGCUGCAGAAGUUCGGCAGACUACUCAGUCUCUUCUCUCUCAGCUUCUCCAAAAGCUUAAAUCUAACAUUCAGUUGCCGGAGUGCCUCCGCAUCAUUGGGUAUUUACGUCGAAUAGGAGUUUUCAAUGAAUAUGAAAUGCGUCUGCAGUUUUUAAGAUGCCGUGAAGCCUGGCUUACUGGAAUACGUGAUGAUCUAGACCAGAGAAACCCUUAUGAAUAUUUGAAAGGGAUGGUAAAUUGUCAGAGAAUGCAUCUUUUUGAUGUUGUUAACCAGUGCCGAGCCAUAUUCGUUGACGACACUUCAGGAAGUGAAGAAAAUUAUGAUGGUGGCCUUCUCUUUGACUGGGCCAUGCAUCAGAUUACCUUGCACCUGAAGACCCUCAAAAUCAUGCUUCCUAAGAUAAGUGAAGGUGGAUCGUUGUCAAAUAUCAUAGAUCAAAGCAUGGUCCCGUUGCCAGCAGUUGGCUUCCCCACCAGUAGUUUGAAUGAACAAAGUCAUGAUGAUAUCACACCUCCUUUGAAUCUAAUGGAGCAUCCUCCGCUUGCUGUUUUUAUCAACGGUGUAUCUGCAGCAAUGAAUGAACUACGCCCUUGUGCUCCAUUAAGCCUGAAAAACGUGCUUGCCCAGGAAUUAGUUAAAGGUUUGCAGGCAGUUUCCGAUUCUCUACUGAGAUACAAUACAACUAGGAUGCUCAGAGAUAACGAGUCUGUUCUUUUCAUUAAACUGUGCCAAGCUUUUGUUGAGGUGGCUUUCCCUCAUUGUGCAAUGUGUUUUGGCCGUCGUUACCCAGGUGGAUUGGCUGUCGUCUCAGAUGCGAAAUACUUGUUUGAUGGACUUAAUCGACUAUUAGCAUCCUCACCAAGGGAGCUACCAAAACCUACUCAUAAAGCUGAGGCUAAUACUAAUACUAAUACGAAUACCGAUUCUAACACUAAAACAAAUAUACCAGAAAAUGGUUAUUUGCCCACUGUGGACAAUGGCGUAGCAAAUGGCAUUCAACGUACCUCAAGCGACAACCUAACAGAAAACGAAAAGAAUUACAACAGUCCACUGAAGGAUAAGGCUGAUACAAAUGAAGAUCGGUCGGAUGACGUGGCAUUAGGUGGGCCCCAACACUCAUGGGCCAAGACUGCAUUCAGACAAAGGAGAGGACCAAAAAUUACAACAGUUGGGCCUGGCCGUUACCCAAUUAAACGCAGCCCAAUUCAGAAUCGACAAACAAAUAGCCUGAGUGUGAGGGGAGAAGGUGGAGCUGGAUUGAGGUUGGAAGGGAAAUGCAUGAGUUUGCAGCUUGGAACAGAUUUAUUUAUGUGGUCCUGGAUAUGUUACAAUUGCAGCUUUGGCUAUGCACCUGAGUGUGAGUUUCUUCUUCAGUUGUUGGAUAGAUGGACCUGCACAAAUUUUCUUCAAGAUGAUAUUGCUGUAGAAACCCGUUUUGCAAACAUGGCUGGAACAGCGCCCGAAGGUUCUCAAUUUGAUGCUCGCCAAUUUGAUUCGAAAAUGAAUGAACUCCUUGGAGCUGAUGGAGAGGAGUUUUUCACAAGCUAUGAUGAGGUGUAUGACAGUUUUGACGCUAUGGGCCUGCAGGAAAAUCUUCUGAGGGGAAUCUAUGCUUAUGGUUUCGAGAAGCCCUCGGCAAUUCAGCAACGAGGGAUCGUCCCAUUCUGCAAGGGCCUGGAUGUGAUUCAACAAGCUCAAUCUGGAACUGGAAAGACAGCAACUUUUUGCUCGGGUAUCCUUCAACAGCUGGACUACAAUGUGGUGGAGUGCCAGGCUCUGGUCCUUGCACCCACCCGCGAGCUUGCCCAGCAAAUCGAGAAGGUGAUGCGGGCCCUUGGUGAUUAUCUCGGGGUAAAAGUUCAUGCUUGCGUUGGGGGCACUAGCGUCCGUGAGGACCAGCGCAUACUAUCCAGUGGGGUCCACGUAGUGGUCGGAACUCCAGGGCGUGUCUUUGACAUGCUUAGGAGGCAGUCCCUGCGCCCUGAUUACAUCAAGAUGUUUGUUCUUGAUGAAGCUGAUGAGAUGCUCUCCAGAGGAUUCAAGGAUCAGGUUUUCCCUUUUUAACUUUGUUUUUUAUUCCUAUCCCUCUCUGAUUUCUUUAUUUUGUGCAUUUGUGUGGCGUAUUGUUAAAAUAAUGGUGUUCGUUGUGUCCAUCGUGAUCUCUGUCAAUACGAAAACUAUUA